AUGUGCUUUUACUUGCACAAGGGAAAAGGACCGACCAGCCGAACCAGUACGAUCAAGAUCAUUGUAGGAUUGAUGCGGCUCGUGGUAAUGUCUGGGCUGGUGACAUGUAUGCCAUCUGGCCAAACGCUCUUCUUUUCGUCGCGUUCGAGAUGAUUACAUCGUCACUAAUCUGGGCACUCCCCAACAGUUUAUAUGAACUCCUUACUAGCAAUGUUAAUGUUCCACGCAGGCUCAAUUCUCGGAAUGUUCCAAGCACCACUGCCGCCGACUGGGAACACUCUGCCUCUCCUCACGGUACAGUCCUCGAGUUUUCUCCUCUUGAGUCCAACAACAUCUCGUCAUGA